AAAAAAAAAAAAAAUUAUAAAGCUUGGAAGGGUUGGUAGGAAUGGCGAUAGGCUAAAGACUGGGGUGGAGCCGAGCCGCGCCCGAGCGCGCGAAUGAACGAUUCAAUCUUUCACCAUAACCGUUCCGAGAAACGUCGCUCAUCUGAUUUUUCUCCAAUCUCUCUUGUGGUGCGUGUGCUUCUCUCUCUCUCUCUCUCUCAAUCCCUAACCAUCAGCCAAUAGGAUUAUACGAAACCAAAUAAACCUAUCUCUCUCCCUCGCUCGUUAGCCUGCUGUUGUUUGUGCUCUAACACUAUCAGCCUUCACGGCGGCGGAUUGACUAGGGCUCUCUAGACCGCGGGCAUUCAGUCUUUCAUGGUUAGCAUAUAGAGGGGAGGUGUUCUUUAACGCCAAUCAGUAUUUUGGUAUAAUUCUCUGCCGAUGAAUUGUUGACAUCUGUCCAUGGCUGCUGAUCACCGACGAAAAAGGCGUAAUGGUGCCAGCAUUGCAGGUUGCAGUUCUUGGGAGCAAUACAAAACCAAAAAGAAAAAAUUGGAAUCACCAAAAAAUGAGUUUAAUGUAAAGUCUCAUAUUUCUCUGGAGUGGGAUGGCAACCGAAAAGAGGUUGUUGCCAAAAGGGAACAAAUUGGCUUAAGUAAGAAAGAUGUGAGGGCAUUCAUUGAUCCUGCACCUCACCAUCACAAAAUCUUAGCAGAUGUUCUCUCAAUUCCUCAAGAAAUUUUUGAGGUGGAUAAUUUGAAUGAGGUGCUUUCAUACAAGGUUUGGCAGACCCAUUUAUCAGAAAAUGAGAGAGAAUAUCUUAUGCAGUUUCUGCCAAAAGGGUCAGAUGCAGAAGACGUUGUACAAGCAUUGCUUGCUGGGGACAACUUUCAUUUUGGAAAUCCUUUUCUUAAAUGGGGUGCUUCACUUUGUUCAGGAAAUCUUCACCCUGAUGCUGUUAUUCAUCAGGAGCAGUGCAUAAGGGCUGAUAAGAAAGCAUAUUACUGUGAGAUAGAGAAAUACCAUAAUGACAUGAUAAAAGACUUGCAGAAGCUGAAGGAGACCUGGGAAAGCAGUAAGGAUCCUGAAAAGGAAGUUCUGCAGAAGAUAAAGAGUAGGUCAAGAAGGGAUGCAGACGGAAGAACUUCAUCAAAUGCAAAUGAGUCAAGAUUUCAUGACCUUGAGGAUGAUGCUGUGGCUACAUCUGAAUCUUGCUCUUUGCUCGCAGAGGAGAAAGCAUGUAGCAGUGACAAUCAAAACUCUUCAAUAAUGAAGGGUGGAGAACUUGAAAGAAGGACUCAUGAAAAAAGCCUUAAGAAGGAUAAAAGUAGAAAGCGAUUGGUUGCUUCAGAUGAUGCUAAAUUCAGAAAAGGAGAACGGCUACACAAGCGUAAUAUCCACCACACAGAUGGCGUCAAAUAUAUGUCAUAUUUAAAGAUAAGCAAGAAGCAGCAUCAACUUGUAAAGAGUAUGAAGCAAUCGGGUAAAAGCAUUCAGUCUAAGUCUCUUAAUCGCGUGUUAGGUAACCUUGAUACACUGCAUGUGCAACCAUAUGAACAAUUUGUGAAGGAGGAACAGAAGAAGUUGCAGGAGCAUUGGUUAAAAAUAGCAAAUAAAGAUCUUCCUACAGCAUAUGAAAACUGGAGACAAAGACAGUCACAGAGACAUGAAUUCGCCAAAUCUUUGGAGCAAGACAUUAAAGGAAAACUGGAAUCUUCAAUGGAGGAACUGGAGAGAGUGAACCAUUUGAACCAUGAAUACAGAUUGGAGGAUGAGGACGAAUUGAACCACAAUACUGUUUUUCAGGAUCAGAGUGAUCAAGAAGCAAGACAACAUGAAUCCGAUACGGAGGAUGAGGAGGAAUUAAAUGAUGAGGCUGUUCUUGACUAUCAGAAUGAUCAAGGAGCAAGAGAACAUGAAGCCAUUGUAGAGGAUGAGGAGAAAGAAAGCCAUGAUAGAGUUCUGCUUGAGGAUCAGAAUGGAAUAAGAAACCAACAGUCUUAUGUGGAAGACAAUGAACUUUCUGGUUCUGACUCUCCACAGUAUCAGUCUCCACAGCAGAUUUCUUCCCUCAGUGGUGGCCAUGAUCGCAACCCUGUAGAUAUGGAUUCAGAAAGUAAUCAUGCUGCGUCCAAAUCAGAUGAUGCUUCUCCAAAUGCAUCUGAGUACUCGGGUAAGGCAAACAAUGCAGAUGCUUCCAUUGGCCAGGGGCUUCCUAUCUCUUCCAGCGGAGAUGCUUGGCCAUCAGUUAGCAUGCCACACUCUUUUUAUGAUUCAACUGCGAAUCAUGAAUACACAUCCAAUAUUGAGUUGUCACUCCCACAUCCAGUUAAUGAAGCCCAACGGCCCCAGUUGAUUGAUUUGGAAUCUGAUUUGCGUGAAGAUGACACUGGUAAAAAUUUGAUGCACAGACAAUCUGAUGAUGGCUCCUUCAGUUCUUACCCAAACCAUGACCGAAGUGGGUUGCUUCAUUCUCUGUUACCCUACCAUCGUGAACAAAAACAAAUGGGGUUAGAUUUCCAAUCACCAAAUAACGUGUUGAUUGAAGAUGGUCAUUUUAGUGGGCAUAUCCAAAGGCAGCUUCAGCCCUCACUGCCGUUGGACCAGGGGCUAAAGAGACGGGGUGAGAGUUACAUGCAACAGUCUAUGUCAGAGGACAUUUACUCUGAAGGCAGUACGUACUUAAUUCCAAGACAAGGACAUGUACUGCCAGUCAAUCUACAGGACUGGCAUGUUAAUCCUGUUCGCAUGGCAGCACGGCUUCAAUCUCACUUGAAUAAUAAUGAUGUAUUGUUAACUCCGAACUGGUAUUCUGGGGAGCAACAAGUUCGUGGCGGCUGGAAUAAUGCUGAUGGUUUAAGUGUCCCUGACCAGAGCAUUGGAAAUCAUGCAGAUCAGAGCUUAUUUAGUGUUCUAUCUCAGUGUAAUCAAUUGCGUUCAAGUAACCAUUUUGAUUCAAUGGGGCCUACUGAGCCGUUCAUGUUGCCAAGGAACUAUGAGAUGGCAAGUGGUGUUACUCCUAGGAUCAGUAAUUCUUUACCACAAACAGCCCAUUCUCUAGAUUACUUGAGUGGGCGAGAUGCAGCUAGUUCCCUGAUGCCUGAAGAUAUGGGAUGGAUGACUUUGCCUCAGAGUUCAGGCGUAAAUGACACAUUGGGGAAACCGUACCUGAGGUCUUGGAAUCAAUAAGAACAUUUUGUUUUGCAGUUCAAAAUUAUGAUCUUGGUUGGAAGAUUUUAUGGCAAGAAAAUGUGCAUGCCACAGGAUUUGAUGACUUGUUAUCCAUCAGAGAAGAUGACAGCAGAUUUGCAGCAGUGCGUGACAGAAAUAGGAUUUUGUACAUACCUUAUACAAGAGCCAACUGAAAUCCCGUGUAUAUAUGCAGCAGAUGUUAGAUGGGCAGGUGCAGGCAAAGAUAAGGGAAGGAUGAAAAAGAUUCUCAUGAUAUCUUUAUUUGGUAGGACGGUUAUAUAUUACAUUUUUGUUUUCAGUGACAUUUUCUUUUUUCAAUUUUCCCUUUGGUAGACUGAAAAAUUAUCCUUUAAUAAUUUUGGAGGCUAUAUAUAUGGCUGGAGACUGCUUUCCAA